AACACAAAUGGAGAGAGGAAAGCACCAAGGACUGGUCUGAGACACUGACAAUGGAAGCUACACAGAUCAACAUGUCACAAAGCCCGCUAGUAAAUGAGGCCAUUGGUGCUAAGGUGAAGAAAUGCAAACCUCGUGUGAUGUCCAAAAGUGGCCACAGCAAUGUCAGGAUUGAUAAGGUGGAUGGUAUUUACUUGCUUUAUCUUCAGGAUCUGUGGACCACAGUCAUUGACAUGAAAUGGAGAUAUAAACUUACUUUGUUUGUAGCUACUUUUGUAAUGACUUGGUUUCUUUUUGGAGUAAUUUACUAUGCCAUUGCAUUUAUUCAUGGAGACUUGGAAGAAAAGAAAUUCUCGCACAAACAUGUCCCCUGUGUCAUGAAUGUAAACUCCCUAACUGGAGCAUUUCUCUUUUCUUUGGAGUCCCAAACAACUAUUGGUUAUGGCUUUCGUUUCAUCACUGAGGAGUGCCCUCAUGCCAUUUUCCUCUUAGUUGCUCAACUUGUCAUCACAACUUUGAUUGAAAUCUUCAUCACUGGUACCUUCCUAGCCAAAAUUGCCAGACCUAAAAAGCGGGCCGAGACCAUUAAAUUCAGUCAUUGUGCUGUCAUCACCAAACACAAUGGACAUCUUUGCCUGGUGAUUCGAGUGGCAAAUAUGAGAAAGAGCCUUCUGAUUCAGUGUCAGCUAGCUGGAAAGCUUCUGCAGACCUAUGAAACCAAAGAAGGAGAGAGGAUCCUGCUUAACCAAGCUACUGUCAAAUUCUAUGUUGAUUCCUCAUCUGAAAGUCCUUUCUUGAUCUUACCUUUGACUUUUUACCAUAUAUUGGAUGAGAACAGUCCUUUGAGAGAUCUUACACCCCAAAACCUAAAAGAAAAAGAUUUUGAACUUGUUGUCCUCUUGAAUGCCACAGUUGAGUCAACAAGUGCUGUUUGCCAGAGCCGAACCUCAUAUGUUCCAGAGGAAAUCUUCUGGGGUUAUGAGUUUAUGCCUGUGAUUUCUGUCUCUCAAAAUGGGAAAUAUGUCGCAGAUUUCAGUCAGUUUGAGCAGAUCAGAAGUGCAGAUUGCAGCUUGUACAGUAUGGAUUCUGAGAAGCAAAAACUGGAAGAACAAUAUAGAAAGGAAGACCAAAGAAACAGAGAACGCAGAACAAUGUUAUUUCAGCAAAGCAAUGUUUGA